CGAGACAUUUUAUUACAAAUCAACGAACAUUUUGAAAAUUUUAAGAAACGUUACAUUUUAUUUGCGUCAUCUUUAGCAAGCACUACAACAGCAAUGCCAAUUGCUAAUAUAAUAACCGGUGAAUUAGAUCAAUUAAAGAAUGAGAUUAUCACGUGUUCGAUAGCAGCUGAGGACGUUUUACGAAAAUGGGACAUGGAGUCACCAUUGACACAUGAUGUCGCCCGGUCAAUGCACACAUUAUGUAUGAAUAUAAAAAAAGAGAUUCAAGAGUUAAAUGAGUGCAAUGUCCUUCUUCGUGAAAUUUCUGAAGCUGAAACCAUUGAGGCUAGCUUGAGAAUACAAAAGCAAAAGAAGUGUCUCGAAUUAUCUGCCGAUUACUAUCAAGGUAUCUCGAAUCUUUUAAAAGAAACCGAUGUUUCAUUAUUUCUAGCACCGCCAAUGCCGGGAACGGAUCCUCUCCAUAUUAUCAACGAGACUGGAAUGGUAAUCAGUGGUAUGCUAAAUCCGGGCUUGGGUGGAUAUGCUGUUAGUCCCCAAAAUUAUAGUAAUAAAAAAUUAAAAAGACAUGGGAGGGAUGAUAUUUCAGCUAGUGGAGAAGAGGCUUACAGUUCCGAAAAUCAAAAAGCACCAAAACAUAGACGAGCACCAAGACAACUUUGGACAGAUGAUGAAGUAGAACGGUUGAAAGCUGCCCAUGACAAAUACAAUGGUGAUUGGGAACUAAUUAUUAAAGAAUUUGAACCUGAGCGUACCAGAAUUCAAAUCUUCCAGAAGGCACGUCAGAUGGGACUUCGCGCCGUAGAAUCUGGGAAACUGAUCGACCUUUCAAAACCAAACGCGAUUAUCGAAUAUCACAAUGCAAAUUUACCGGAAGGAACGCUCGAAGAUGAAGGAAUCGAGUUCGAACAAGAAAAUGUCGGCGGCGAUUGGGUACAAGAAGAGGAUGACGCUGUAAACGACGGUUCAAACGAUUGA